AUGCCUGGAUCAAAGAGUUGGUCUAACAACGAUCGAGAAGUGGACGUGUCCGCGCCGCCGCCUCCACCGCCACAGUCACCCCCUCCUGUGAUGGAUACGACGACUAUCGGCAAGUACAUCGCGCGGUUUCGCAAUGAAAAGCCGCAGCCGCGCGAUGCCCGUGUGGCUGCCCGAGAAAGCGACUUCUGGUGGACCAAAUCACCUCGCUUCCUUCGCAGCCCGUCACCUCCAUCCACGUGGACAUCUGGCGGUGUUUUUUUAUUCCCUAGCGAGGAGGAAAAGGAUAAACUGGCAGCUAAUACGGACGAGAAAGAAGAUAACAUUUUAGCUGGAGACGAUAUAAAGAGCGUCGACAGUGUUGAGAGCAAUUUGAGACAAGGUUUGGGCCUCUGGAGUAGCAAUUCGAGGCAGGGAACUAGCGCUAAUGCGCUAGAAUUUACUCUUGCGAAGACACCGGAAGUGGAGCAGUCGUGGGGGUCUAUGGACUGGAGAUCUUUUGAUUUAGAGGAGAUGGAGGAGGAAAAUGAGGACCCCGAGGAGGUCAUUGAGAGGGAGCGAGUUAGGGAGGAAGCCUCCGUUGUCGCCCGGCUAUACGGAGAAAAGCUUGGGUAG